AUGGCUAAUCUGAAAUCGUUUGGUAAGGAGACCACCAUCUUUCUGCGCAAAAUUUUCUCGGAGACAAUCACUAGGCGCAUGGAAUCUGGCGAGAAGAGAUUCGACCUCAUCGAUAUUCUGAUCGAGAUCAAAAAGAACAGUAGCGAUGAAGAGAUUGAAGGCUUCAAAUUCGAUGGAGAUGAUCUCAUGGCACAAGCGGCCAAUUUCUUUUCAGGUGGUUUCGAUAGUUCCACAAUACCGAUUGCUUUCACGUUGUACGAAUUCGCAUUGCAACUUGAAAUUCAAAGUACACUAAGAAAAGAAAUACUCGAGGCGCUCAACGAUUCCGACGGAGAAGUCACAUACAACAUGAUCAUGUCGCUAUCAUAUCUGGAUAUGGUGAUGUCGGAAACUUUGAGAAAGUAUCCGUCACUAGGAUUUCUGAAUCGCAUGGCUAAGCGAAAUUAUAAAGUGAAGAAGCACAAUCUCAUAAUUGAGAAAGAUACGCCGGUUUACAUGUCGGUGCUUGGCCUACACUAUGAUCCGAAAUAUUUCCCCAAUCCCGAUAUAUUCAAUCCGGAGCGAUUUAACGAGAAGAACAAAUAUAUCAUACCCCAAGAUGUCUAUAGCCCAUUCGAAAGAAGCCAACCCAAGGGCUUCGGGCUUUUGCACACGAAGUUAGCCCUGCUUAAGAUUUUGAGUAAAUACGAGGUGACACCGUGCAAGAAAACUUCGAUACCAGUGGAAAUUGAUCCAAGAGGGGCUAUGACAGUGCCGUUGAACGGU